AUGCCUUUUGCAGAUUCACAUUCAUUACAAAUACAACAUUCCGAUUAUAUAAACACAACUAAUAGUAAUAACAAUAAUAAUAGCUUCAUUUGCAAUAAUAACGGUAGCAUUAGUGUUUCUCAAGAGUCGAAUAAUUCAAAUAGCAUUACUAAUCAUAUCAACACAAGUAACUUAUCUAUAACAUCCUCAUAUAUAAAUUCUUCAAUGUCGAAUGUUUCCACUGCUCAACAAGAGCUUUCACAACAAAAUACUCAACCAGAGUUAUUUACUAAUGAAAACGAUCAUAUGGAUAAUGACCAUACACAACUAGAAGAUUCCACGAUACAGCAUGAACAACAACAAUUUAAUAUGGAUACAGUUGAUACAUUAGACCAAAAUAAUACACAGAUGCAAGCUCGAGGCCUUGACCAGGAUCAAGAUCAAAUAAUGAGAGGUGAAGAACAAGGUGAGGAAGAAACUGCAAGUGCAUCGUUUGUACCGAUUGAAAAAUUACAAGUCAAUGGUAUUACCUCUACAGAUAUUAAGAAAUUAAGAGAACAUGGGUUACAUACAGCAGAAGCUGUUGCCUAUGCUCCAAGAAAGGAUUUAUUGGAGAUAAGAGGGAUUUCUGAAGCUAAGGCUGAUAAAUUAUUAAAUGAAGCUGCCAGACUAGUACCUAUGGGGUUUGUGACUGCUGCAGAUUUCCAUCUAAGAAGAGCUGAAAUGAUUUGUUUAACUACAGGGUCUAAGAACUUAGAUACUUUAUUAGGUGGUGGUAUAGAGACAGGUUCUAUCACAGAAUUAUUUGGUGAGUUUAGAACUGGGAAAUCUCAAUUAUGUCAUACUCUAGCAGUGACUUGUCAAAUUCCAUUAGAUUCAGGCGGUGGUGAAGGGAAAUGUUUGUAUAUAGAUACUGAGGGGACUUUCAGACCUGUUCGAUUAGUCUCUAUUGCUCAAAGAUUCGGCUUAGAUCCAGACGACGCUCUUAACAAUGUAGCAUACGCCAGAGCUUAUAAUGCGGACCAUCAAUUAAGAUUAUUAGAUGCAGCUGCUCAAAUGAUGAGUGAAUCAAGAUUUGCUCUAGUUAUUGUGGAUUCAGUGAUGGCAUUAUAUAGAACAGAUUUUGCAGGUAGAGGGGAAUUAAGUGCACGUCAAAUGCAUUUAGCAAGAUUUAUGAGAGCUUUACAAAGAUUAGCAGAUCAAUUUGGGGUAGCUGUAGUCAUUACAAACCAAGUUGUUGCUCAAGUAGAUGGUGCAGCACAAUUCAACCCAGAUCCAAAAAAACCAAUUGGUGGGAAUAUUAUGGCACAUUCUUCCACAACAAGAUUAUCUUUUAGAAAGGGUAGAGGUUGUCAAAGAGUUUGUAAGGUUAUUGAUUCUCCUUGCUUACCUGAAGCUGAUUGUGUAUUUGCCAUUUACGAAGAUGGUAUUGGUGAUCCAAGAGAAGAAGAUGAAUGA